AUGGGGCGAAUGGAUCUUGAGGUUGUAGCUCUGGAGGUUCCGUCUAUGCUCGCGGGUCUCAUUGUCCAAACGACCUUGUUGGAGAAGAUUAAGAGUUUGCAACCCGCAGACUCGAAUCUCCAAAAGGUGCGGCUCGACAUCGAAGGUGAGUGUAGCGGCGAUUUCACUAUAGACACCGAUGGCAUGCUUCGAUACCGAAAUCGGUGGUGUGUGCCGGAAAAUAAAGAAGUUCGAAAGCUGAUUUUGCAAGAAGCGCAUCGGUCUCCCUAUAGUGUCCACCCGGGUGAAACCAAGAUGUACCAAGACUUGAAGAUGCACUAUUGGUGGCUGGGAAUGAAAGCUGAUAUUGGACGCUAUGUGGCGCAAUGUCUUGUUUGCCAACAAGUCAAGGCGGAGUGCCGGUUUUCAGAGGGAAAGCUUCAGAGCCUACCUGUCCCCGUUUGGAAAUGGGAGGAUAUAUCCAUGGAUUUUGUGGUCAGAUUGCCCUGUUCAAUGGGUGGCCACGAUGCGAUAUGGGUAGUGGUGGAUCGCUUGACGAAGUUGGUCAGUGAUGUGGGCGAACGGGCGGUGUUGGAUCCCGAUGUUUUGCGGGAGGCGGAAGAGAAGGUCCGCCUUGCUCGCCAAAGAUUGUUAACGGCGCAAUCUAGACAGAAGAGUUACGCGGAUAAGUGCCGUCGAGAUUUGGAGUUCGCGGUGGGCGACCCUGUUUUCUUGAAGGUAUCACCCAUGAGGGAUGUGAAGCGGUUUGGAGUACGGGAAAAGUUGAGCCCCCGGUACAUUGGACCUUACGAGGUGUUAGAGCAGAUUGGUGCGGUAGCCUAUCGGCUUGCAUUGCCGCCCAAGCUCGCGAAGGUUCACAACGUGUUCCAUGUCUCCAACCUUCGCAAGAAUGUGGAAACUUAA